AUGGUUUCUUGCACGAGUUUUCCGGUGAUUCAAUGGAGGUAUCUACACUCUGAUGGUAGCGCUCUUACUGUGUUGCUCCAAUAUGAUGACUGUGUAGGUUUGCAGAUUUUUAAGCAGAACAAGUGGAUUUCUGUAGAGCCAAUCCCAGAUGCUCUAGUUAUCAAUAUAGGGGACACUCUAGAGGUUUUGGCAAAUGGAGAGUGCAAGACUGUUGAGCACAGAACAGUAAUAUACAGAAACAAAGAAAGAUUAUCGAUGGUUACAUUUCAUGCUCCAAGCUACGAUGUUGAGUUGGGUCCAUUGCCUCAACUGAUAGAUGAAGAUCACCCAAAGCUGUUCAAAAACUAUAAACAUGCAGACUACAAUCGUCACUAUCUUACUAACAAGCUGAACGGAAAGAAAUCGCUAGAAUUUGCAAGGAUUCAAUCUCGAAGACCAACUGAAGCUAAAGAUGAGCUCAGCUUCUUCAUUGUCACUGCCUUUGUAAACAUUUAUGUUGGAUUUUCAUCUGUAUUUAUCUUUUCUAGCCUUGAUAGUCCAACAUACAACAUUGACUGA